AUGCUGGGUACUGGAUCCGAAUACCAGGUGAUUCUGGCGAGCAGUUCCCCCCGCCGCUACGAGAUACUGUCCGAUAACAUUGGGAUCAGAAACCUGCAAACGACUGUCCCCAGCUUCGAGGAGAACCUGGACAAACGGCUGUACGUGGGUCGCCCGCUCGAUUACGUGAGGGACACGGCCCGAGGGAAAGCUUCGAGCAUCGUGGCCGAUCUCGCGAGUGGUCGGCUGGAAUCGCUGCAGGGCUCCUCGAGCGGAGCACUGAUCGUGUGUGCGGACACCGUUGUGAUCGGCCCGGAUGGCCAAGUGUAUGAGAAACCGGGCACGCGGGAGAGGCAGUUGCAGUACCUGCACCGGUUCUGCUACGAGUCCGCGGGGCGGCCUGUCGUUGUGGCCACGGCGGUGGCCAUUGUCAAGUGGCCCUGCGGUGGGACCAUGAAAGAGCAUUCUGUCCACACCUUCGAGGAGACCACGGAGGUGUACUUCGACGGAACAACCCCUCGGGACGUUAUCGAGGCGUACGUUUCCUCGGGCGACGGGCUGCAAGUUGCCGGCGGGUUCAAGAUCCAAGGUCCGGGAGGCGUGCUCAUCAAGCGCAUCAACGGCGACUACUACACGGUCGUCGGACUGCCCCUCAACGCGACGUUCCGCGCGCUGCUCGCCCUCCAGCGCUGA